AUGGACCGUCUGGUGUCUUCGUUCCAGUUUGAGCGGCUGCUCAGUUCCGACUCCCAGCUCAAAACAAUUGCACUUCUGGGCACCAUAAACGGCCAACAGGCCAUUUUGCAGCUCGAAAAGUCGCAUUUCGACACCGCCAGACUCCCGGAUCUGCCCGUCCAGCAAAUUCGCGAAAUAGCCUCCAAUGACGUCUACCACUGGGCAAUGACCACUCUGCGGCAGUCUGCAGACCGCGACCCGGCGGCCAAGCUCAACCUCAUCUACCCGGCCACAGAGACCCACAUUCGAAAGUUCGAGAAGCCCGUCUUGCACAUUGUCCACGAAUCCCCAGAGCUGUACCGCAGCGUCGUGGUGCCGUAUAUAGAAACCAUGCGUGGAGACCGAAUCAAAUGGGUUCGCAACAUCCUGUAUGAGGGGGCCGAGGCUGAUCGUGUCGUCGUCAAGAACGACGAUUUCGUGCUUAUUCCAGACAUGAAAUGGGACGGCUCGACGCUUGAGUCGCUGUAUCUCUGCUGCAUCGUCUACCGCGACGAUAUCGCGUCGAUCAGAGACCUCAACGAGACGCACAUUCCGUACCUGGAACGCAUUCUGAACACGCUGAGGACGGAGAUUCCGCGCCGCUACCGGAUCGCGAGCGACCAGCUCCGCAUUUUCGUGCACUACCAGCCGUCGUACUACCAUUUCCACCUCCACGUCGUCAACACGGCAUACAAUGGGCUGGGCGAGUCGAUUCUGGCCGGAAAAGCCAUUCUGCUCGAGGAGGUGAUCGAUACACUGCGGUUUCUGGGACCUGAGGGCUACAAAAAACGCACGCUCACCUACGCGAUCAACGAGUCGCACAAACUCUGGGAGCUGGGGCUCAACCAGUCUGCUAUGUAA